AUGGAAGAGAGAAUAUUUUCCCAAAGAUUGUUUCUCUUCUGUGUGGGGAUUUGGUGUUUUGAUAUAUACAUACAUACAUACAUACAUAUAUGGAGUAUUUGAGAGAGAUAGAGGGGAAAAGAGCUCAUGAUCGCCGGUAUGGUACAACGAUGAAGAAGACGAGGUGCGAGUGCGUGGAGGGGCCGAUCAUCGUCGGGGCGGGGCCCUCUGGGCUGGCGGCCGCCGCUUGUCUGAAGGAAAGCGGCGUGCCGCCGGGUGUGGUGCUGGAGAGGUCGGACUGCGUCGCGUCUCUCUGGCGGCACAAGACUUACGACCGCCUCUGCCUCCACCUCCCGAAGCAGUUCUGCGAGCUCCCGCUCAUGCCGUUCCCGGAGGACUUCCCGACGUACCCGACGAAGCAGCAGUUCCUCGAGUACGUCAGGGAGUACGCCGACCGGUUCGAAAUACGGCCGGUCCUCAACCGCACGGUCCGGUCGGCCAGGUACGACCGGGCUGCGGGGUUCUGGAGGGUGGUCACGACGGACACCACCACCUCCAAGGGCAAAGAAGACGAGCAGGAAACAGUAGAGUACGUUUCCCGGUGGCUGAUCGCAGCCACCGGGGAGAACGCGGAAGCAGUGAUCCCGAAGAUCGCCGGGAUGGAGGCGUUCUCCGGGACCAUAAUGCACACAAGUUUGUACAAAGAGGGAGAGGUGUUUAGGGAUAAAAGGGUUUUGGUGAUUGGCUGUGGGAAUUCAGGAAUGGAGGUGUGUUUGGAUCUAUGCAAUCAUAAUGCCACCCCUUCACUUGUGGUCAGAGAUACAGUCCACGUCCUACCACGAGAGAUGAUGGGGAGAUCAACUUUUGGGCUGUCCAUGUGGUUACUCAAAUGGCUUCCCGUCCGAAUUGUCGACCGCUUCUUGUUGGCGGUUUCCUGGCUGACCCUCGGCGACACCGCCCGCCUCGGCCUCCCCCGCCCACCCGUCGGCCCGUUAGAGCUCAAAAACAUCUCCGGGAAAACCCCCGUCCUCGACGUCGGGACCCUCGCCAAGAUCAAAACUGGCCACAUCAAGGUUUACCCCGGCAUCCAAAGGCUAAAGAGACACACCGUUGAAUUUGUGAACGGGAAAGAAGAGCCCUUUGAUUCCAUAAUCUUAGCAACUGGCUACAAAAGCAAUGUGCCCUCUUGGCUAAAGGAUCGGGAGAUGUUCUCGGAGAAGGAUGGAUUGCCCAAAAGGCCAUUUCCCAAUGGUUGGAAGGGAGAAUGUGGGCUCUAUGCUGUGGGGUUCACCAAACGUGGACUAUUAGGUGCAUCCAUGGAUGCCAAAAGAAUUGCCCAAGACAUCAAACGUUGUUGUCAUCAUACAUGAAUACAUACAUACAUACAUACAUAUAUAUAUAUAUAUAUAUAUAUAUAUAUAUAUUGAUAUAUAUAUAUAUAUAUAUAUAUUAAUAUGUAUGUAUGUAUUGGCCAUAUAAGCUACGAUGAUGACGAAAAGAAAUACUAUGUAUGUAC